GAUUCAACCGGAAGUUGACUGUUAGACGUUGUUAAUGAAAUUCACGUUGUGAAAACGGCCUCUCUCUCCUUUGGGCAGAAAUGGCAGGAGCAGACAUGGACCCUGAAGUGGCACUAGGAUUAUUUGAAGAAGGGGCAACCUUGGUUCUGCUUGGUGUGCCUGAAGGAACUGAGCUGGGCAUCGACUACAAGAGCUGGCAGGUUGGUCCCCGUUUCCGUGGGGUCAAAAUGAUCCCCCCGGGGAUUCACUUUCUGUAUUACAGCUCUGUGAACAGUAAAAGCAGUGGUGGGGAGGUCGGCCCCAGAAGAGGCCUCUUCCUCUGCCUGAAGCCCCGGGAGCUAAUUCUAGCCCACUGGGACAAAAAAGAGGAGGAUCUGGACUUUUCUGCCUCUGAAAAUCUCGAAGAGGUUGCUCGAGUGAAAGCAGGGCUUCGUGAGCUGGACUCGCACCUGGGACCAUACCCUUAUGAAACGCUGAGGAAGUGGGUGUCUCUGACGGAUAAACUUAACCAGGAGGUGGCUGCCGCCCUACAGCCGCUCAGCGGGCGAGUAUGUGCCUUCAGCGACGUCGUUCCUGAGCUCCAGCUGACGCACACUAAAGACCGGGCAGAGCAGAACCUGCCACGCAACGACACACAGUGCCAGUCCAUGAAAGAGGGGCUGGACAGGCUCCCCCGGAUGAAGCAGAGGGAAGGGACUGAGCUCCGUUUCUCACAGAUCCCCAAACAGACGUAUCCUCCAGGGGCCACACCGGCUCAGAUCACUCAGUGCAGCAUGGAUCUCAGCUAUGCCCUCAGCUGCCUCCUGGAGAACCAUCACAAGGAGCACCCACUCAACGUUCUAGGUGAGCUGCAGUUUGCCUUUGUGUGCUUUCUCAUUGGAAAUGUAUAUGAAGCCUUUGAGCACUGGAAGAGCCUGCUGGCUCUGCUGUGUAAGAGCGAGGAGGCCAUGAAAGAACGGAAGGAUCUGUACCUGGGGCUCAUCACUGUGCUUUACCACCAGCUGGGAGAGAUCCCGCCAGACUUCUUCGUGGACAUUGUGUCCCAAAACAACUUCCUCACCUCUACUUUGCAGGAUUUUUUCCAGUUUGCCGGUGGGCCUGGUGUUGAUAAAGCUCUCCGCAAAAGAGCAGAGAAAUUUAAAGUGCACCUGACCAAGAAGUUCCGCUGGGAUUUCGAUGCGGACCUGGACGACUGUGCUCCGGUGGUGGUGGAGCUUCCAGAAGGAGUCACACUGGACUGAUGGUGAAUGCUACCACUACAGGUGCAAUUUUCACACGGGGGGAAAAUGUACCAGGAUGGCCUGAGCUGUGCAGUGCAGCCACAGCAGAGCGCUACGAUUCCUGUUAAAGCACUUGUCUGUGUUGAUGGUGAAAUGGCCCAUUGGUACGAUGAAUCACGGGCAGGUUCCAGCAUUGCCUGUACACAUUUAUGUUCCACGGAGGAAAAGAGACUCUGAAUUCUACGUCUUCUGUCAUUUUCAAAUGAAUAUUAUUUACUUCUCUGUAGAGAGAGCCUCAUACGUGAUGGAUGAUUUGUGCUCAGGCAAUUUCUGCCUCUAAAGCACUAUUUGGGCAGGAUUAGUUUUACAUGGGGAGACGUGAAGUUAACUUUUUACCUACUGAAAAUGACUCAUAGUAAUAACCUCUGGUUAUAUUUUAUGGUUAUAUUUAUAUUUAUUCCACACUAUACAAAAACCAUAGAAGUAACCCAAGGUUAUAUUAAUCCUGUGCUAUACAAUGACCCAGUUAUAAUAAUCCAGUGCUAAAAAAUGACUCAUAGAAAUUAGCCCAGGUUAUAUUAAUACCACAUGAAUUGCUGGUAAAUAUUCCAUCAUAUCCUGUGGUAAAGGCUGAUGUGUACUGUACUCCCUCACAUGUACUUGAACUCUGAUCAUUAAAACAUGCAAAGUGAGAGAAAAAAAAGUCUUUUUCAGUGCUGCUCACGGUCUACAAAUUCCCUAACUAACGUCAACACUAAUGAGUGUGGUAAACAAAACUAUGAUUAAAUUAAAUGUGUGGACACAUUUUCUGCUUGUGAGCUUUGUGAGUAUUGCGUAUGGAGCAACGGCAGUGUGUAAAUCGAGUAGCCACUCCCAUCUCUGUAAUUUAUACCAAUAUUUCUUACCCUGUGCAUAUCAGUCUUAAACAUAACAGGCAUCCUGUGGUUUAAAUUACACCUCCUUAUGUAAAUCUAGUCCUGUCCAAAAAGUAAUUAAUUCACACUGUCUGAUUUCAGAGACAGAAGAUGGUGUUGGAUAUAUGCUGUUAAAUUAAUGUAACAUCUUUUGGAUCAUUCCUGUUUUAAUAAAGUUCAUUUUGCAUUAA